UACGUUUUUGCGAUCCCCGCAAAACAACAAACAUACAACGCGUCUGCCACAUCGCGUUUCGCACACGACUAGCCAUUUUACUUUGUAAGAGAGAAAAAAAGAAGCGCAAACGGCCCAAUAUGGAUUUUAUACAAGACUACGCCGCUUUCCUCCCCCGCCUCCUCCCUCCCUCCUUCGCCGACCCCGCACUACACAUCAUAACCACCUUCCUCGGCUUCUCCCGCACCCUCUCCACGCACCUCUCUCCCCUUCUCAACAAACUCAUCACGCAACCCGAUGUCGCAUCCAUCGUCGCCCUCCUCUUCAUCUUCUUCAUCUCGCUCAAGAUCCUUGACAUGAUGUACCGCGCCGUCGUCUUCUGGAUCAACCUGGCGUUCCGCCUCGCCUUCUGGGGCGGUAUCUUGGUCGUGGGCUUGUGGGUGUGGAAUCGCGGGCCAGAAGGGUUUGUGGAUGAUGUGAGUGGAUUGAUCGAGUAUUGGAUGGGCGAGUACGAGAGGUAUAGUGGGGAGGUUAAGAUGUUUCAGCAGCAGAAAGAGGAUCAGAUUAGGUUUAAGGCGGGGCAGCAGCAGAAGAGGAAGGGGUGGCGAUGAGAUGGCGUUUUGUAGGGAGAGAUGAAGGUGUUGGCAUGCUGUAUGUGAGGUUUUUUGGAAUACCAUUGGGUUGAGUUUCGUGGAUAAGAGAUUCAUGUGUUAUUUGGCGCAAAGAUUGGGCUUGGUUGUGUGCUUGUUAUGGCGCAAGGGAUGUUUGUGCAAAAAUAUGGUCAUGGUGAUGAGACGGAUAUCAGGACAUUGUGUCAUAUGGCUUGUGGGAUAUGUCCUUUAGGAUACAGGGACGGCUUGUAUGCAAGCUUUGGGUCAACGAAUAAUGAUAUUGAUGCAGUAUGUUCUGGUGUUAUACGGG